GUGCGGAGGGAUAACAGGGCCGAGCGCGCCGAGCUCGUUCCUAGCUAGGGGAGCGCGCGCGGAGGGAACGGGCGACGGGACGCGGGCCAGUGCCCGCGAGGUAGCGUAGGGCUCAGCUCAGUGGAACCUGCAGCGGCGACGGCGCGGUGUCAGUAGCGCCAUGCCCCGAGCAGCGCGCACUUCGCGGAGAGCCUCGCGGACGACCAGGGAUGCCAAGAUAUUUGGACUGCAAGACAGCACAGUUUUGAGAGGGAGAUGACUUGAGGGACCCGCUUGUAUCUCCACAAUGUCCAUGAACAAUUCCAAACAGCCAGUGUCUCCUGCAGCUGGGCUCCUGUCCAACACAACAUGCCAGACGGAAAACCGGCUUUCAGUGUUUUUUUCAAUAAUCUUCAUGACAGUGGGGAUCUUAUCAAACAGCCUUGCCAUUGCCAUUCUCAUGAAGGCUUAUCAGAGAUUUAGACAGAAGUCCAAGGCAUCGUUUCUGCUUUUGGCUAGUGGGCUGGUAAUCACAGACUUCUUUGGCCAUCUCAUCAAUGGAGGUAUAGCAGUAUUUGUAUAUGCAUCGAAUAAAGACUGGAUCCGCUUUGACCAAUCGAAUGUCCUAUGCAGUAUUUUUGGAAUCAGCAUGGUAUUCUCCGGCCUGUGCCCACUUUUUCUAGGCAGUGUGAUGGCCAUUGAGCGGUGUAUUGGAGUCACCAAACCAAUAUUUCAUUCUACGAAAAUUACAUCCAAGCAUGUGAAAAUGAUGUUGAGUGGUGUGUGUCUGUUUGCUGUUUUCAUAGCUUUGCUGCCCAUCCUUGGGCAUCGGGACUAUAAAAUCCAAGCGUCAAGGACCUGGUGUUUCUACAACACAGAACAUAUCAAAGACUGGGAAGAUAGAUUUUAUCUUCUGCUUUUUUCUUUUCUGGGGCUCUUAGCGCUUGGUGUUUCGUGCUUGUGCAAUGCCAUCACAGGCAUCACACUUUUAAGAGUUAAGUUUAAGAGUCAGCAGCACAGACAAGGCAGGUCUCAUCAUUUGGAAAUGGUCAUCCAGCUCCUGGCCAUCAUGUGUGUCUCCUGCAUUUGCUGGAGUCCAUUUCUGGUGACAAUGGCCAACAUUGGAAUAAAUGGAAAUAAUUCUCUGGAGACCUGUGAAACAACACUUUUUGCUCUCCGAAUGGCAACGUGGAAUCAAAUCUUAGAUCCCUGGGUCUAUAUUCUUCUACGGAAGGCUGUCCUUAGGAAUCUCUACAAACUUGCUAGACGCUGUUGUGGAGCAGAUGUGAUCAGCUUGCAUAUUUGGGAGCUUAGCUCCAUCAAAAAUUCCUUAAAGGUUGCUGCUAUAUCUGAGUCACCAGUAGCAGAAAAAAUAACUCAGCAAGCACCUAGUUUAAUAGAGCAGUAAAUCAGCACAGGACUAGAACAGAAUUAAGAAAAGUUUUGGCAAUAUUUCAGUUAAUUAGAUAAAUAGAUAUAGCUUAACUGGAAAAUUCAAACCUCAGCACAUAGUUUGGAGGCACUUUGGUCAGAUUUAUCUUUUGAAGUUUGUUCAAUUAACUGUAUUGCAAAUUUUUGUUUGUUUUUGUCAACUGGAGGUAGACACAAUGAAAGAAUACCAUGGAAAUUAAAAAUUGAAAAUAAUUUUGGACUGAUCUGUGUUAUUCAUGCUUUUGAAAUGAGUGAAUCUGUUGUAGCCUAAUACAUUUACUUGCCCUUUUUACCAGAGAACAUUUUUCAUGCUACCUGCAUAGCAAAAUGGCUACUUUGGUAUUUUUAUUUUAUUUUAAAUUUAAAAUUUUUAAAAAUGUUUUUAUUAUUCUGUAGCUAUUUCCAAUAGACCAAGCUCAAGAAAAUGGAGCACCCUCAUUUUUUGAUAUGGUCUGUUUUAUCUCUCAUUGUGUGGCCUCAAUCAAUAUAAGCAUGGCUGUGACACCUGCGAUACACGACGACUUAUGCAUUUUUGAGGGGUUUGGCUAACAGGCUACCUGACCUUGAGAACCUAUUUAGAAAUGGACCCAUUCUUGUCAUACUUGACAAAUAUGACUACUUGCAUUAAUUAUUGUGAAGGGCAUCCAUUUGAGAGCUCUUUGUUUUUGUUUCUGGCAAGUCAUAGAUUUAUAUUGUUUCAAUAAUCCCCUUUUUCUCUAAAAAUAAAAGUACACAGAUGCACAAUAAAUGAUCUUUAGAGAAACAAAGGAUCUAUAUCAGCACAUACACAGGCAACUUGUAUUAUAGCAGUUCUUAAGAAGUUCUGCCACUGGUAAUGCAAACAAACAGAACCGAAACUUGUGAUAGGUGUAAAGAACAUUGGUAAAAACAUUGUCAGAAAACAAAAGAAACACAGUCAAUAUGUCAUAUUCAAAUACUAUGCAACUAAUAUAUUUCUGCUUUACACACAC